AUGCUGUGCGUUUUGAUGGGCCGAAAAGGGGAAAACCCUAAUGGGUUCUUCGAUCAGUUGAGCCACCCACAGUCGACCGCGCCUCUCUCCUUCGUCACCUCUCUCCCUUCUCCAACAGCCGACCGCUCCAGCCGUCUCCAACAGUCGACCGCCUCCAGCAGGGGGCUUCGUCGCCGGCUCCAGCGUCCUCUCCGCCAGUCGAGUCGCGCGCCGUCGGUCUCCACCAUACCCAAUCGCCAGCAUCGCCAGUCUCCAGCGCGCCGUCGGUCUCCACCAUCGCCACUGCCCAGCCGUGACUCGUCCUCGCCGUCGAUCUGUAGCAUUGAAUUUGAAGAGGCUAUUGUCACGGCUUCAACGGUUGAAAAUGUGAACUCCUUGAAGAGGAAGUCUGAUGAUAUUGGUUGGCAAUAUGGAAAGCUUGUCGAUCCAAACAACAAGGAUAAAGUCAUGUGUAACUUUUGCAAGAAUGUAAACUCAGGAGGAAUUAACCGUUUCAAGAAACACAUAGCUCAGGUUGGUGGUGGAGUUGCCAAGUGUAAGAGUUGCCCAAAUGAAGCUAAAUUGGCAUGCUUGAAUUGGUUGGAAGGAACAGAAAAGAAGAAGCAGGAUAAGGUUGUUCGUGAGCUAGGUUUGAGAAGUGAUGUUAAUGUCUCUUCCGGUGGACAACAGGAAGAAGACCUUACUUGUGCAGCUGUUGCAUUCAAUGCCAUUGAGAAUGAUGAGUUCAAGCAAAUGGUUGAGGCUAUUGGUCAAUUUGGUCCUGGAUUGAAGCCUCCUACACAGUAUGAGCUUCGAGAGCCUUUGUUGAAAGCUGAGUAUGCAAGGACUAAGAGCUUGUUAAGUGAUCGAGAGGCGGAGAAGGAAAAGAAUGGUUGCUCUAUUAUGACUGAUGCUUGGACAGACAUGAAGAGCUUUAUAAAGUCGAAGGACACAUCAGCGAUUUCUCACACAGGUGAAGUAAUCUUUGAGCUAGUGGACAAUGCAAUAGAGGAAGUUGGAGCUGAACAUGUGGUGCAAGUGGUGACAGACAAUGCUUCCAACAAUAUGGCAGCAAAGGCCCUCUUGUUGGAGAAGAGGCCGAACAUAUUUUGGAGUUCUUGUGCAACCCACACCAUCAAUUUGAUGCUCCAAGGAAUCGGCAACAUACCAAGGUUCAAGAAAAUUGUAGAUCAAGCUAAGGGGUUCACCAUCUUCAUAUAUGGCCACCACCGCACCUUGGAAUGCAUGAGAUCCUUCACCAAAAAGAGAGAGAUCAUCCGACCAGGUGUGACUCGAUUUGCUUCUCAAUUUCAUACUCUACAAAGUUUGUUGGAUAAGAAAUAUUCUUUGAGGAAGAUGGUGGUGGAUGCGAAGUGGGAAAAUAUUAAGGAGACGAGUUCAAAGAAAGGCAAGGAAGCUUAUGACACGGUUCUUAGUGUUAGGUUUUGGAAUGGUGUGGAAAUCUGCUUGAAAGUCUUUGAGCCAUUGGUGAAGCUUCUUCGAUUAGUGGAUGGGGAUGUGAAACCUUCUAUGGGUUUUGUGUAUGGUGAACUUUUGAAGGCAAAGAGAGAGAUAAAGGAGGCGUUUAAGAAUGAAGAACUUCGUUACAAAGAAGUCAUUGCUAUUGUGGAGAAGAAGAUGAGAGGCAGACUUGAUGCUCCAUUGCAUCUAACGGCAUAUCUUCUCAAUCCUCACUACAGUUAUGCCGACUCCUCAAUAUUUGACAAUGUCGACAUUACAACAUUGAUCACUUGUGUUGAGCAAUUCUACCAUGGUUGUGAUGAGGAUAUACAUGAUGAGGUGGUGAACAUUGAGUUCACAAAAUUUCAAAGGAAACAAGGACUCUUUGGAAAAAAGAUGGCAAAGAAUUGUGUAAACUUUGACUACAAUCCUGGUUAG